AUGCCUUGGAGCUUGACGAGCUUGGCACUCUUCCAGCAGGCAACUUCUUCAUGGACACAGAAGAGGCUGCGCCUUCAUUUUGCCGGAACGGCACCUCAAUCAGACGCAGACAGGGCGUGCAGAUGGGAGGAGACUGAACCUGCAGAGAAGAGGGCGCGCGCCAAGAGCAAAGGUGGAAAGCUUGGGAAGCCCCGGCUGCGCUCACGACGGACGCCGAGUGCUUCCUCCUUGGGAAGAUCGGAUGAAUUGGCCGCGAGCAGCCAGGAAACUGAUGCCAGCGAAGUGCAAGGCAAGCACACAAAGAGUGGCGAAAAAGCUGCGAACGCGCCGAAGCGCAAGCAAAGGAAAGCAUCUGCCUCCAGCGGCACAAGUGCUCGACGGCGGAAAGGGUCGAAGCCUUCCCGAGAUGAAGCCAGCGAGGCUCAGGCGGAGGAAGCCAAGCGGCCGAAGGCUGCGAAGAGCCGGUCGGCAAGCAGAAGUCUCAGCAACCUUUCGGACACUGACCAGAAAAAAGGUCCCAGCAGACAGCGGACGAGCUCCAUCGAGUUUGAGAGAACGCCUUCAAACACAUCAGUGCGGCGGGCCCUCAGCCGUGAGACCUCGGGAUCCUCCGCAGGAAAUCGUCGGGUGAAUUCCGGCAAUCUCUCGGCGUCGAGCACGCGUGAACUUGGAAGCCCUCGCAGCCCGGGCAGCCCUGGUGCACAAACACCAAGGGACGCACGAGGCCACAACAGGUUUAGGACGGGGCGCAUGACACCGAGGCGUCGUGAACAAAGACGCAGGAGGCUACGUCGAAGGUUGGCAGCUGCAAGCGAGCAAGCACCAAGGCGAAAGGAUGGCAAGGUCAACUUUCUCCGCAAGGCAUGGUCUCAAGCGCGGACGGCUCUUCUGGGACUUCCAGAACCUGAGACGCAGGAUGACAAUGACCCCAGAGCCAAGGGCUUAAGGGGUUGGAACGCUGCCCGAGCGCUCUGUAUUGGUACUGGGCGGGCUCUACAGGAUUCCAAGCGCAUUAUGAGCAUUGUCAGGCAAGCGGCCGAUGAGGCAUACCACCGUCACUGCUUGCAGAAAGCCAUCAUCAACGAGAUUGGUACAAUCCUUCGAACAAGUCUUGCCUACGUGUCUGAUGAUAUGGAUGAGACCAUUGGCGACAUUCUGAUGGACUUGCAGCGGCUGAAGAUGGUCGAUAUGACAGAAGUCGGUGCGCUCGUUUGCGAAGCAAUUCUGAACUUCGAGGAUGGCGAAGACCCGGAGACAGGAGCUGCCGAGGGAGAGGCUACACAGGCGGAGUGUGGCAAUGCGCCCGCAGUGGCAGCUCCGACUGCAGGCGAAGUUCUUCCAGCUGCUGUAUUGAAGCGUCCAACUGCCCUGCAAAGCCUCCGAGAUGAACUGUGGAUGCACGUGCACAGUAUGCCAAAUCGAGAGGACGUCACGGGUAUGGAUGACGAUGAAAUUGAAGUGCACCUAGACCAAAUCAUCGACCAGGUAGAUGACCUGCGCAAGCAGCUCUUUAAGACAACGUGCCUAUCAAUUGGCCGUCACAGAAGACGCUCCAGCUUGCGCGAGUCAGAGUCACGGCUGAGCGGGAUUGGCGUGGUGGACAUGCCCAGCGAUGGCCGCGAGAGUGUUGACAGCAUUUUGUCGCGGCUCUCAGGCAUUUCAAGGUCCCGGGCUGCGUCACGGGCGACGACCUCUAGCGAUAGCGAGGAUGAGAGUUCGCCGAACAAGUCUCCCAGUGCCAAGCCGCAGCUGUCAUCUGGGUGGAGGAGUGUUCAGAAGCUUUGGAGCGGGGGCUCCUUGGCUGCGGCACGUGCUGAGGAGGAGCCUCGGCACCCUGGAAGUACCGCGCCUGCUGGGUUUGACAGCAUCAUGUCGACGGAGACUACAAGUGUCAGCGAUCCGUUUGCAAACAGCACCAGCCGGGAUGAAUCUCCCCGAAGAGUGGGCAAAGAGGAGCUGAAGCUUGUGGACCGGCGAGCUCAGAUGACGCGUCUUGAGCGCCAAGACACUUGCGAUGACGAUUCUGAGGGCCAGAGCCUGCUUGGCCGCUCCUGGGGUAGCACGUGGUCACCCCCAGCAAAGCCACCCAAGCUGAAGGUGCGAGGGCGCAGCCCAGGCCACAGCCCCUCACGUGAACGCCUACAACCACAGGUCAGCCCCGUGCCGGUCUCCACUCCCAGCCUGCUUGAGGUCUCACAACGGUCGGUUCUAUACGCUGCCAUGACCGCCUUUCCUCACAUGCAGAAGGCCAGUGCUGUUGUUCGUUCCAAGAAGAGUGCCAAGCAUUCGGUGAAAGAGGUCUCCGAUGGCGGUUCUGUUCUGCCAAGCGUGUUUCUUCCAAGACCAUUGAGUCCAAACGCUCGUCGGCAGGGUGGAGGCUGA